AUGGCCGCCGCCGCCGCGGUCGCGGUCGCCACUGGCGCCGACUGGACCGUCGUCCGCCGGCGUGGCGGCCGCCGCCGAGGUGACGUCCCGGUCACCACCUCCCACCUUGACGCCCCGCCGCCACUCCCGUUGACCCCGAUCCCGUGGGCGCCCUCCGACCCGUCCCUCGACCCAGCCCGCGUCUCCCGCCUCCUCGACCGCGCCCGGGCCGCGAUCUCCCGCGUCGAGGCCUCCCGCUUAUACCGCCGCCUCCUCCUCCCCGACUCCCCGCUCUGCCGCCGCCUCGCCUCGCUCGCCCCCGCCCGCCUCUCCCUCCUCGGCGUCGGCAGCUUCGAGUCCUCCCCGGCCGCGCGCCUCCAGCUCGCGCUCGCGGCACUCCUCCGCCGCGACCUCCUCCCGGGCGCCUCCGCCACGGCCGACCUCUUCGACCCCGUCCUCUCCUCCGUCGAGUGCGCCGUCGCCGUCGCCCUCGGCUUCGCCGUCCCGAACCUCGACGACGGGUGCGGCCGCCGCGUGGAGGAGCCCACCCUCUUCUACAUGCCCCACUGCGAGGCGUCGCUCUACGACGCGCUCCUCGUGGCCAACUGGGAGCCCCGCGCUCAGCUCCGCCGAGUCUGCGUGCUCGGCAAUAGCUUCCGGCGGUACGCUGUGCAGGCGGAAGAGAACCGCUCGGGACCCGCCGCCAAGGCCAAUCUUGUUCUCAAGGCAGGGCGGUUCGCGUGGGAGCAGCGGAUCGACGAGGCCGGGGAUGUGGACGACGAGGACUGGUUCGCCCGUGCGUUCAACGAGACGAGCUGGCAUUUCUUCGAGGUGGACCAAGACGUCGACCAGAGGACGGAGAUAAGUUCGCAAGCUUUGUCCUUCGAGAAAUUAUCACUGUAA